GCUCAUAAAGAGAGACGGAGAAUUAACUGCUCAGAAAGGAGCUGGCAACCAGCUGCAGGGCUUCCUUGUCUCUCAUUUAUCUCGGAUGGCGUUGGUAACCCAGGAACAGAUUUCUCAGUACCACAAAGAUGGCUUCCUGGCUCUAGAACAUUUUUUUACAUCUGAGGAGUGCGAUGCAAUGCAGGCCCAGAUUCAAGAGAUCAUCGCUGAUAUGGACGUGCCCCCUCACAGCCGCACGGAAUUCUCAACAAAGCACGAAGAGCAGCUCCAAGCCCAGGGAAGCGCAGAAUAUUUCCUAACCAGUGGAGACAAAAUCAGAUUCUUCUUUGAAAAAGGUGUUUUUGAUGAGAACGGGGAUUUUCUGGUUCCAAAGGACAAAUCUCUCAACAAAAUUGGUCAUGCAUUACAUGCCUCUGAUGCUGUCUUCAAGCAAAUGACUCAUGCCUCCAAAGUACAGGCCCUGGCGAGGAAACUUGGUCUUGAGAACCCUGUGGUGGUGCAGAGUAUGUAUAUAUUCAAGCAACCUCACAUUGGUGGUGAAGUGACACCCCACCAAGAUGCCUCCUUCCUGCACACAGAACCCUUGGGCAGGGUUGUGGGCCUUUGGAUUGCUCUGGAAAAUGCCACAGAAGAAAACGGCUGCUUGUGGUUCCUGCCUGGUUCUCACACAAGUGGCAUCACAAGGAGGAUGGUUCGAGCUACCCUGGGGACAGUACAACGCACACAAUUCAUUGGCUCUGAGCGGGAGUAUGACAGCAGUCAAUUCAUUCCUGUGCCAGUUGGAAAAGGUGGUCUCAUUCUGAUCCAUGGUGAGGUGGUCCAUAAAAGUGAAGCAAACCACUCGGAAACCUCCCGUCACGUCUAUACCUUUCAUUUGAUGGAGGCCAAGGACACGAUCUGGAGCAAGGACAACUGGGAGAAAAGGGAGAAAUGCCUCUUUUGCUGUGAUUUCAAUCAAGCAACUCAACUUUUACAAAAAACCAUCCCGGUAAACAAAGAGCAAAACAAGCAGCAUCACGCAGUCUCCGAUCAUGCGCUCCGUUUGAUCUCAACAACUCCCAAGUGAGGCUUCUGCCAACUCCUGAAUUGCCUUUCCCGUCUCUCUACACAUAACUAACAAAUGAUCAGUUGACCAAUCCAUGGUUCUGAGCCAAUCACUGGCCCAUUUCCCUCUGAAUCUGUUACUGAAAUCUCCGUUUUUGGCAUUGUUUUAACUUCAAGGCAGUUAAAGCAGGAAGACAAUUCCAUUAGGCUUCAUAAUACAGCUCUGCAACUUUUCAUAUAUGCUGAAUAAAUAUGAACACUGCUUUCCUGGCAA